AUGGCGCUGUCCUUCAUGGACGGAGUGGCAGCACCAGCAGCGGCGCCUGCGGGGAGCAAGCGCAGAAGGGAAGCCUCCAAUGGUUCUGGAGCCAAGCCAAGUGUCGACAAGCAGGUGGAAGCAUUGUCGGCGCAGCUCAAGGUUGUCAUGAGCCUUGUGAGUCAGCACGACCGGGACCUGAGGGAGUUAGAAGCGUGGUCAACUUUCACCUUUCUCCUGAAGAAGGACACGCCUCUCGCUCAGGAACUGCUGAAGGCCAUGCAGGGUUGGAAGGACAAGCUUCCGGAGAAGGAUGCUCAUCCAUUAGGUCCUCCUCGUUGGGCAGUGGCUGGAGCUUUGGCGCAAUGGCUUGUGUUGGAGGAGGAACGCCAGAGCAAGAUGCCGCAUUUCUUCAGCUUUCACAACGGCCUCACGCAGCUCUCGGACAUGGAGUCGUCGGUGCAGCUUGCAAUGGUUCGAGAGACGAAGGACCAGAAAGUGCUGUUGAGAGUGCGGCCGCAACUGAGCAGACAGAGUGAGUGGCAAGAAGCCGUGACCGUUCUGCAAGCUGUGGUCGCUGCGGAAGGUGGGGAGUUCAAGACCGGAGCCGCCCCACCGAACCCGCUCGUGAGGAAGAUUGAUUCCAGGCAUGGUGCUCGCUGA